AUUAUUUCAUUUUUUCCUUUCUUAGCAAUUUUAAGAAAAUACAAUCUUACCAACUUUUUGAGCGACUGUGUUGCGGGACUGACGGUAGGAAUCAUGCACAUCCCACAAGGUAUGGCUUACGGCAUGCUGGCCAACAUCGACCCGGUUUAUGGACUCUACUCAUCUUUCUUCCCUGUAAUCAUUUACUUUUUCUUCGGCACGUCAAGGCAUAUAUCGAUUGGU